AUGGAUGUUAGCAUAUGGCGUAGCACUGAUGCUGUUGAUGAUUAUGUGCGCAUAGGCGAGAGAUGUACAAUCAAAUGCUUGAAAAAAUUUGUUGAAGGUGUCAUUUCGGUGUUCAAGGAUGAAUACUUGCAAAAACCAAAUCCAAAUGACAUACGACGCCUGCUACAAAUGACAGAGGGUCGUGGCUUUCCUGGCAUGUUGGGUAGCAUUAACUGCAUGCAUUGGCAAUGGAAAAAUUGUCCAAAUGCGUGGAAAGGUAUGUACAUGAGUGGUUAUCGUGGGAUUGCAACCAUAGUACUUGAGGUUGUAGCAUCUUCAGACUUUUGGAUAUGGCAUGCGUUCUUUGGAGUUUCUGGUUCAAAUAACGAUAUCAACGUGUUAGAUCGUUCUCUAGUACUCGAUGAUAUUCUAAAUGACCGUGCUCCGAAGCCACAAGGAGAGAAACGCAAGUUAUUUGUACAAUACCAAGAAGGAAAAAGAAAAGAUGUGGAGCGAGCAUUCGGAGUGUUGCAAGUACGCUUUGCAAUUAUACGUGGUCCAGCUCGCUUUUGGGAAAAGAAAAAGCUUGCCAACAUAAUGAGAGCUUGUAUUAUAUUGCAUAAUAUGAUUGUUGAGGAUGAAAGAGACACCUAUGCAGGAAAUUUUGCUCAAGGCUUAAAGUAUGAUGAUGUCGAAAAUGACUUAUCACAACCUCAGUUGGGAGAAGAAGAUUUUGCACCAUACCAUCAAUUUCUCCAAAGAAAUGCCAAAUUUCGAAAUAGGCAGCAACAUAGACAAAUGAAAGAGGAUUUGUUGAACACAUAUGGCAAUUUCACAAUGCUUGUCGUCAACUAUAGAGCUUAA